AGCCAAUCAGACAGUGCUUGUUCUCAUUGACACUUGGUUUCUAAGGAAAAGGCUUCAAAUCAUAGGGUAAUUCCCCAACCUGAGUGUGGGACUGGAUGCUGAGGUCUUGCCUGGCUUGGGCUGGAACUGAGAUCUCUUGCCAGGAGCAUCUGGGUGAGCUUCCUGGAUUAUCUGUUGGACUCCCUGCUCCCUAACCAUGUACUAUGUGUGGGGUAGUAGAUGUUGAACUGCUAGGGGCUACAGUCUCGGGAAUCCUAUCCCGUGAUCAUCAUGGGAAUAAAACUCAGAAACCAAAAGAUUAAGAAAAAGAGGACUAAUCAUCACAUGUCUCACCAGCUACCGAGCAGAAGGCCGGUCUGCAAAGAAGGUAACUUUUACUCUGCCUUCACAAAAUGCCAAAAGAAAAUGAUCACUUUAUACAUGCCUACCUCAAGAAAAAGAAGAUUCCUCAUCUUAUGGCAGAAGACAGGAAUUGGCAUCCUGGCUGUGAUAUUGGGGGUUCUGCUGCUCCUUACCUGCUGGUACUGCAAGAGACGCAGCGGCUACAAAAUACUCAAGGACAAAAAGCUCGGUGCUGGCACUGGGAAUGCCUUGAUGGGGAAUUACUACCAGGACAAAGGUAUUCUUCCCGUCAGCAAAGGGCCUUUUCAGGAGAAUAACAACUAUAAUUCUAUGGUACCUAAUGCUCCCCCAGCUUAUGAGAAGUUCUCUGCAGAACAAUCCCCACCACCCUAUGCUCCUUAAAGCUCAGCAAGAAAUGUCAGAGGUCUUGAAAGGAUCUUCUUUGUACUUGCUUCAAAUCAUAUGAAAGUCUAAUGUUCCAUAGUUGUACGCUGCAUUAAUAAAACUAAUCAUCAAAUUAUUCAUAGCACAGCUACUGGUACUAACUGAAUGGCAACAUUACAAUGAAUAAUGUUUUAUAUAUUAAUAAACCAUUGAUUCUGGUUGAUUUCUACUCCAAGUUAAUAGGACUACUCUACAUUAGUAUUGCCUACGGCAGUGUACACAAGUGGUUUUUGGCCUUUAUGUCUUUGUAUUUAGUUGCAUUUGGGCUAAAAAUGUUAAUACUAUAAUGUAUUUGGGAAUAUGGAAGUUUCCUCAUCAACAUGAAGUUUGUAUAGAAUUAUUAGUUUAUAAAUUUUCAUUAUGCAAAUAUUACAAAAGAUCUGUUAAUAAGUGUGAGAAAGCUAGCUAAUUCAUCCUAUUUUCUUCCCUGCUAAUUGUUGUACCCCUUCCUUCCCAAAAUUAAGUGACAAUUAAAUUGAUCUAAACAAGAUCAAAC